GCCUGAUGUGUGUUUGAAUCGUAACGAAAGAAAGAAAGAAAAAAAAAACAAGCCGCUUCUUCUUCCUCGCAUUGCGCGUCAUUCAAACAGGACUCAGUAUAUUGCUUUUCUCUCUGUUGCAUUAGUAAUAACAGCGGCGUUGACGGGAGACCGCAGGAGAGAGUGUGUGUGUGUGUGUCUGUCUCCGACAGCGGUGCCCAGCGGAGGAAUAUUUGAGCUUUUUUUUAUUUACUCUGCAGCUUGUUGUUCAUUUUCUCUGCGUUAUGGUGAACUUGGACAGUCACGUGCGAAGACGGCUGCAAGUGUAGAGGACGACGGCUUCUCACCUGGCGUGUCCACUUUGACUUUAGGGAAAUAUACCUGCCGUUUCUCGUGCUGACACCAAGCUGCAACCUUCAGGGGUGAAAGAUGGAAGCCAGCACGGAUUGCCAGAAACUGCAGUUCCUGUAAUAGCCACUUGAGGCUGUCUCCAAAAGCGAGUCAAUCUCCACAGACUCCAGCAUUAAAUCGCUGAACUCUACAGCCUGAGAGCUGACAUUGCUGGACUGCUACCCCACCUGUGACGGACAACAACAGCAAGUUCUCUCCCUGAGGGGAUGAAAUAUGUAUACAGUGCACCCGUAGAAAAAAGCAGACGACAAACACUGUAAAGUGCAAAGUGGUUUUAAAUCAUGAUGAUGCAGGAGUCGGCCACAGAGACAAUAAGCAACAGUUCAAUGAGUCAAAAUGGAAUGAGCACCCUAAGCAGCAGCCAAUUAGAGGCUGGCAGUAGAGAUGGGAGAUCAAGCGCUGGUGACACAAGCAGCGAAGUAAGCACAGUCGAGCUGCUGCAUCUGCAACAACAGCAGGCUCUACAAGCAGCGAGGCAAUUACUCUUGCAGCAGCCAGGCAGUGGCCUGAAAUCUCCAAAGAGUCAGGACAAGCAGCGUCCACUGCAGGUUCCAGUGUCAGUGGCCAUGAUGAGUCCCCAGGUGAUGACGCCGCAGCAGAUGCAGCAGAUCCUCCAGCAGCAGGUGCUUUCCCCCCAGCAGCUCCAGGCCCUGCUCCAGCAGCAGCAGGCUGUAAUGCUGCAGCAGCAACACCUGCAGGAGUUUUAUAAGAAACAACAGGAACAGCUUCAUCUGCAGCUUCUGCAGCAGCAACACCCUGGCAAGCAGGCUAAAGAGCAACAGCAGCAGCAGCAGCAGCUGGCCGCCCAGCAGCUCGUCUUCCAGCAGCAGCUCCUGCAGAUGCAGCAGCUCCAACAGCAGCAGCACCUGCUCAACAUGCAGCGGCAGGGCCUGCUCACGCUGCCUGGUCCUGCUCCGGGCCAAGCCGCCCUGCCCGGACAAACCCUACCCCCACCAGCUGGAUUGAGCCCCGCAGAGCUCCAGCAGUUGUGGAAGGACGUUACCGGAGGCGGCGGUCACGGAAUGGAGGACAACGGCAUCAAACACAGCAGCGGCACUGGCGCCGCCGCCACCCACGCCGGCGGUUUAGACCUGUCCACUAACAACUCUUCUUCAACUACCUCCUCCUCCAAUCCCGCCAAAGCAUCGCCGCCCAUCUCUCACCAUUCCAUCGCCAACGGACAGUCUCCCGCCCUCAACCACAGGAGAGAGAGGGAAAGGGAAAGAGAACGGGAGCGAGAGAGUUCACUACACGAAGAAAGUGGAGGGACUCACCCCCUGUAUGGUCACGGUGUGUGCAAGUGGCCCGGCUGUGAGAACAUCUGUGAAGACUUUGGACAGUUUUUGAAGCACCUAAACAGCGAGCACGCCCUCGACGAUCGGAGCACGGCUCAGUGUAGAGUCCAGAUGCAGGUCGUACAGCAGCUAGAAAUACAGCUUUCUAAAGAACGUGAGCGUCUUCAGGCGAUGAUGACCCACUUGCACAUGCGGCCCUCAGAACCCAAGUCAUCUCCCAAACCACUCAACUUGGUGUCCAGCGUCACCAUGUCCAAGAACCUGCCCUCGGCGUCACCCCCCAACUUACCUCAGACACCGACCACGCCCACAGCACCUAUCACACCCAUGGCUGCAAUGCCCCACGUGCCAUCGGUGCUGGGAGGAGCAAACGUCCCCAGCAUGGGAGCCAUGCGCAGACGCCACUCGGACAAAUAUUCCAUGCCUUUGUCGUCAGGUGGUGACACAGUAUUUAUUUUUCCAGAGAUUGCCCCAAACUAUGAGUUUUAUAAGAACGCAGAUGUCAGACCGCCAUUUACUUAUGCAACCCUCAUAAGACAGGCUAUCAUGGACUCUGCUGACAUGCAGUUAACACUUAAUGAAAUCUACAGCUGGUUCACGCGCACGUUCGCUUACUUCAGACGCAAUGCUGCAACUUGGAAGAAUGCUGUCCGCCACAACCUCAGUCUGCACAAGUGCUUUGUGCGCGUGGAGAAUGUGAAGGGGGCAGUGUGGACAGUAGAUGAGGUGGAGUACCAGAAACGCAGGUCGCAGAAGAUCACGGGAAGCCCAUCACUUGUCAAGAAUCUGCCCUCCAGUCUCGGCUAUGGAACUGCACUAAAUGCCAGCUUACAGGCUGCCCUAGCAGAGACCUCCUUGCCUUUGCUGGGAACCCCGGGGCUCAUGGGCAGUGGUGCCACAGGCCCGAUGGGAGGCACCUGCCACGGCCUCCUCGGCGGAGACCCGUCCGGACUGACCGCAGGAAGUCCGCCUGGCCAGUUGGGAGGGAGCCCACCGGGGUUGCUGGGUGUUAGUCCCCCAGUUACGCUGAGCGGCAGCCCCCCCAUGCUGCUGCAGUCAGCCCACGAGGACCUCAACGGUUCAAUCGACCACCUGGACACCAACGGACACAGCAGCCCCAGAUACUCCCCUCCAGUACACAUGCCACCCAUUCACAUAAAGGAGGAGCCACUUAAUAUGGACGACGACGACUGUCCGAUGUCACUUGUGACGACAGCCAAUCACAGUCCAGAGCUGGAUGAGGACCGGGAGCUGGAGGAAGGGAACUUAUCGGAAGACCUGGAGUGACUAGGAUACAGUUUUUGGUCAACAUAUCCCUUCACCGAACCGCACUGUUUCUCUCACACAGACCUCCCGCAAGACUAGAAACCACUCCACAGUCCAAGCAACCACAGCUGACUCUCUUUGUCUCUCUCACCACUGGGACUAUUUAUUGAGCAUGUAUCCGGAUAGAGACUGGGCCAAAGGAACUCUUUGUUGCAGCCCUUUGGGAUCCCCCAAACACAAGCAGGCAUGAGAUGUCUGAUUGGGAAAAAAAAUUGAACUCUUUGAGACCUGUUUCAUUAGGGAUGGCGUGGCCACAUACCGUGUAAGGAUGAUAGACUCAUGGAUGGGGAACACCAUGUUCCGUUGAAAGCUAGCGGCCUCAUAUACUGCCAAAAAGGAAGACAUUUUAUGUUUGUGAAUAAUCCAACCCACAGUAGUUGUUAAUGUCUAGAGACAAUUGCUGGUUCAAUUCAAGUUGUUGCUCUGUUAUCAUUUGCACAGGAGUAGUCUCAGAAAUUUGUGUCACUGCCUGUAUGUUGCUACUAUUAUGAAACCCAGUAUAUUAUUUUCAGCUUUCUUUUAAAACCAUUGUUAAUUUCCCAAAUACGAUUUCUUUUUAGAUACCACCAACUGUAAAUGCCAUUCCCCAAAUCACACCAGUAACGGAACUGCGGUACCAAGACUGUUGUUGCAGCUGUCCAUUAAAAAAAAAACACCAAAAACACAAAAAAAAAACAAAGGAGAAAAAAAAAAAGAAAAAAGUUGGCUUCCAGUCUGUUAUCUGUUUGUGAAUAAACAAAAAAAAUUAAAUUAAGUUGGGGAAGAAAUAAGUUUGUUAAAAAGCGCCAUUUCCAAAACAAAUGCAUUUCUGCAUAAUUUUCUUCUCGCUGUUCUCCUUUUACCUCCUCGUUCGAAAGCUUUGUCUACCUUCAAACAGUCACAGGCAACAGCUAGAAACCAAAGCCAACACUAGCAAUGGCCAAUAGCUUAUAGACAGAAGCCACCAAACUCCUCUUGGUCCGCCUUCUGCCACUUUAAACUAGUACAAAGAGAAGCUUUUGUUCCGCAAACUACCUUGGAAUAACCUCUGGGAUUGUUUCAUUUAGCCCUAUACAAAGAUGAUCAUGAGGAAGAUGGAGGGAAAAUAAAGGCUGGUUUUGAUGUGAAAUUUGCUAACUCAUACGAAAAAAAAAAAAAAGACAAAACAAACAAAAAAAAAGUCCACUUUGGAGAUUUUCUGCCAGACAUACCAUAGGUAGGAGGUGAUGUGAUGUUUGAACUGCAGGCAUUUUGUGCUGUAACUGGUAGAGAGCAGCUAACUGUAAAAGUGGAUCAUGACCAAAACAUUUGUGUAUUCAAUGGAAGUGCAGAAACAUUGUGUUGUUGUGAAUUUUUAUUUUAUUCUAUUUUUUUUUUUUUUACUUUUUCUUAUGCAUUACACAUAGUUGUUUUUUUCUUUAUUUAUUUUUAUUUUUUCUAACCUGGUGAAUAUGUAUUGUUCUAAGUGGGACUGUCAAAAUAAUGUCUUUAUUCCGUGGCUUUUUUUUCCUUUCUUCCGAGCCGCGUCAAAACCGAAACUGAAAACAUCGCUAACCAAACAUGAAGAAUAUCUAGUGAAGCCAAAUAAGUCACAUUUUCAAGUGAAUAUGAAAUGAUGUGGCUUGGUUACCGUGGAAAAGCAAAUAGUAAUAGCCAUUGCGGAAGAGGAUUGUCUACCUUUUUCUAGGUGAGAUUUGCUUUAACUUCAUCGAAUCCUCGUCGCGUGGGUCUGUGCAGCUUCCAAACGCGUACGAAAGGCAUCGCCGCUGAUGGCGCUCUGGGUAGACAGCCAGCUUUUUAUACCACGCUUUAGGGUGACUUAAAGAGAGGUAGUUACUGUGGAAACUACGUCCCAUCAUUUCACAGCCAGUGUCAUCUAGAAAAGCGUUGUUGCUUUAAUGGUCAUUUAUGUUUUCAGUAAACCAAAGUUACACAAAAUUCUGCCUCCUCUUGUAUGGGAUAAAGAAAACCUGAAACUACACACAGUAUAACUACACAAACACACACACACGUGUCAGAGACUAGCAUACACAGACCUUAGGCUUGUGGUCUGCCAGCUUUCUUGUUUUGGUUAAAUCUCCAGCUGCUGAAAACGUAUGCUGUCAAAGACCUGACGCGGCUUUGUGUCUUGCUGCGGCAGCGAGCGACGUGUCUGCUCUGUUUAGACCAAAAUGGAAACACACUGUGCAUAUGUAUGUUUUCAAGUGUUGUGCCAAGCCAAAGAACAGGGCUUGUAAGAGCUUAACACACAAGACACGUGCGGUACUGUACAAACGCUCAGCUUGUAAAGUACACACACAUACACACGCGUACCAGUUCCACGUCAUGAGGGUACUGGGCCCUGGAACAAAGCUUAUCCCUUCAAUACUUAGCUGGAGUCAGCAAAACGACUUGAAGACGACAUUCUUAAUAAUCUUAUCACACCAAAUAAAAAGGACGCUGCGUCUUUCCAAAAACAAAAAAGAAAAAAAAGGGGUCUCCCACUUACCCAAAAAGGCUUUCUAAAAGCUCCUACCUCUGCACAACAACCAAUUCAGAACAAUUACGACGGAUUGCACGAGUUACGAGAAUGCCACAAGAGCCGUUACACUUUACUGCGCUUGUCUCAUAGGACGUGGCUCAAGCCCAACGUUUACAUUCCCUGCGUCAAGAUAUGGAAGAUUUGCAUUGUAAUAGGUUGUCCUCAAAACAUUUGUAGAAUGAUAAUGUAUAGAUUAUCUGUAAGGGAAUAUUGUGUUUUUUUAAAAAUGCAUGUCUAAAAAAAAUCAUUUGGUGGACUGGAAACGAGAACUAAUAAAAAGAAUAUAAUAAAAACCAUGGGGAUGAUGGCCUAACUGUACGUACAAUGCAUAGGAGUGCGUUACCUCAGAUAUACUGUUUUGGGAGGGAUAAAAACCUGUCAGCCACAGAAUGCAUAUUACCUGUAGAUUUGCAUGGGUUUUGUAUAAAUUAAGUAAAAAAAAAAAUGUCUAAAAUAGUUGCUUGCACAUAAUACCAGAAAGACCUCCAGAACUGCGAUCUGCUCCUCCACUAGAUUUUAGGAUUGUCUGGAUUUUCUGGGUUGAUUUUUGUCUGUAUUUUGAUAACUGUGCAUACUUAUGUAAAAAAAAAAAAAAAAUGUUGGUGGACCCAUAAAUUUACCAGACUUUUUUCUAAGAGGAAAAAAAAAAUCUCAGUGUUUCUUUUCUGACUUACCUGAAUUUUUACUGUUUCUCUCUCAUUGCUCGCUAAGAAUAGCAAACUUGCUUUUUCUGCAUCUGCUUUGCGUAGCUGUAAGGCUUAACCUAAUGUGUGUAUUUAUUGCUUGUACCUCUGUGCAUACUUUAUGAAGCAUUAUGUCUGGCAGUUGAGUCAUGUAUCCUUUCUACUGCUAUCCUUCUCUAAUAAUUGAGAAUAUGAUCCCCCUAUGUAUACAGUAAAUUGGGACUGUAGCAAACAUAUGUUUAUGUAAUUGGUGAGAACUUUUUUUUUUUUGGUUUGUUUUUGUUUUCAUUUCCUUUUUGAUCGAUCGAUCCAGCGACUUUUUUUGAUACUUUUCAUUAAUGUGUACUGUGUCCAUACGUUAAAAGUUCUCUGACAUUAGAAGGUCAUGGUUGAGAAUUGUAACAGACAUUAUUUUCUGUAUUCAUGGCAUUUCACUGCUGAAUAAAAUAAA